AUUUACCCCAUCUGUAUAUCUAUAGACAGUUUUUGCUGUUAAAUUCACUCAAUAUUCAGACUAAAAUUUCUUCAGAUCAGUUACAACUCUUCAAAUUUAAUUUUUGAAAUUCUUAUUCUCUAGAUACAGUAAAAAUGCCUUGCUUGGAAACCUUACCUGCAGCUAUCUGCUCAAUCUUUUUCUUUGUAUCUGGUAUCACUGCUUUUGUUAGGAAACACUCUCAAAAGUCUCUGAUUCCGGCUUCCGUUUUGGCUGGAGCAUUCAGCGCAUCGGUCUAUGUUAUGGUAAUUAAGCCUCACAACUACAUCGGAUUCAUCAUCGCUGUCUUCACUUCACUCAUUGCUCUUGUUCUUGGCUCCGUCAUGUUGUUCUUCUCUCAAGAUAGAACCAUGUUGAGGAAGAAUAUCGCCUUUUCGGUAUUCACUUGCGGCCUCUUCUGUACCGCCUUCUACUAUGGUAUAAUUAUCAAAAUGAUCUAUACCAUUCCCACAAACAUUAUCUAUAACAGGAUCUAGAAUUUUUAUUUAUAAUUCAUUGCAUAUAUAAUUUUUUACACCUCAA